AUGAAUACACGGAUGUCAAAAUUAAGAAGGAGCCUAUCUCGAAGUGUAUACCAAUUAAAUCAUACCCUGAGCAGACAGAACAGUCUCAAUGGACUUGUCGAUAUGCCAACGAUGACAAGCACAACACUCGUCGAUAAAUUCGCGACUCCUUCCAAUUUUCGACAGCUUCACGAUCAAAUUAGGCAAAACAAUGAUGUUCUUGCUGAAAUAGUGAGCGCAUUUGAAGAAAAAGCAGCGUUGGAUUUCCAUUAUUCAAAAACCUUGAAGAAGAUUUCGAGUCGUUUACACAAAGUAACGCAAAAUGUUGAGUCAGGAAUUGAUAAAGGAUGGCAGAACGUUGCGGAGCAAUUCGACAUCCAUGCGACAAUACAUAGUAAUCUUGGAUCGGCUUUAACUGAAGACAUUAUUCAACCACUUCGAUCUGUUCAAAAUUCACAGCACAAAACAAUUCGCGCGGCUGACAAUUUUGUGGAACGAGAGAUUCGCCGUCUAAAAGAAAAGAAAGAUGAAACCUUGAAAAUGAAGCGUAGUCUAUACGUAUUAAGUAAAGAGUUAGAAAAAAUAGAAGUUGCUGCUGAAAAGGAAAAAACGGUUCCAGAAAAGUUCGCCUUAAGAAGGAAAAAAUACCGAGAUCAAAUAGUGCGAUCUGAAGACGAUUAUAUUUGGCAAACCAUUGACUUAGAAAAACAGCGAAGAGUGACAGAGAAUGUUCUUCGAAAAGGUGUUGAAAGUCUCGAAUCCGUUGAGCGUCAAAGGCUUGCACACUGCCAAACGGCCCUAGGAAGAUACAAAAGAAAAAUUGAAACAAUGGGCCCGAAUUUGCAACAAAUGUUCGAAAGGCAUUCAAACAAUCUGGAAAUUGCUGUUGAUUCCCUAGCUGACGAAUACGUUCAAACUAUUCAACCCUCCACCUCGGCAGUAAAUCAAAUAAUACUUAUUGAUUUUUUUGCGGAAAACUUUGGUGAAGUUAUGAGUUCAACGCGCCGCCGCGAAAACUUAUCAAGAAUAUCCGAAGUGUUAGAUACUGAAUUGAAACGAUUAUACUCGCAACAAACAGCUGACGUUAUGGUCUCAAAUUCAAAACAAAUGAGUGUGUUAGAAUACAUAGAAUAUUUGUAUUAUAAAAUUAACGACUCAAUUAACAUAAUUGAUGGAGGAAGGAAUAGAGGCUAUCAUCGGCUUUCAAGAUUUCAACAUAAGCUCAAAGACAAAUCGGGUCUACCUAUGACGUUGUUGACCAUGCCAUUAUCCGGUGAAAAUAAUUCACUUCCACCACCUUCCUUGGAUGGUUCUACUUAUGUAUCUCCAGAAUCUAGCGAAGAUUAUGAAAAUUAUGAAAAAAUUUCUGAUGACGGAUUCUAUUCCAACUCCAGCCCACGACGGCAAUCAACCGCAACAACGACUUUCAGCGAACCAGCGACGCAAGCAACAAUUUGUCGCGUUUUGUACGACUUUGAGCCAAAACACUCCGAUGAAAUUCAAAUUCGUGAGGGACAAUGCGUUUUAGUAGAAGAUAGAAUAGGAGACGAUUGGUUAAUAGGUCACGUUAUCACGCAACCUGGAGGAGGUUCAAUAAAUCCAAAACAAGGUCGUUUUCCGACAUCUUACGUUUCAUUUUUAGGUUCAAACUGA